AGAGAAGAGGCCUAACUGCGUGUACCUGACACUAGCAGUAGCAGUAGCAGACUCCCCUCACACUCAGCGUGUUAGGGUUAGGGUUAGGGUUUUCUUCAUUCUUCUUCUUUUAAAGAAAUUCCAAUGGACCUGACCAAGAAGCGAAAGCUCGACGAAAAUGGCGUCGGUCUGACCGUCUCGGACAUGGACCCCUCCGUCCCGAAACUCACACCUGAAGACGUGCGUAAGAUCGUGGACCGCAUCGUCGACAAGGGUAAACUCAUAGACAUCGUAGCCAACGCCGCCUCUCGCCACGUGGACGUCCUUGACGCCGUCCGAUCUCUCGCCGAUUCCGACUCUUCCCAGCGCAAGCUCUUCAUCCGUGGGCUGGGUUGGGAUACCACCACCGAAGGCCUCCGCAGCCUCUUCUCUUCCUACGGAGAACUCGAGGAAGCCGUAGUAAUUCUCGACAAGCAGACUGGAAAAUCCAAGGGUUACGGCUUCGUCACCUUCAAGCACGUCGACGGCGCGCUCCUCGCCCUCAAAGAGCCCAGCAAACGCAUCGACGGCCGCGUCACCGUCACACAGCUUGCCGCCGCCGGGAAUUCCUCGUCGACUACCAACUCCACCGACGUGUCGUCACGCAAGAUCUACGUUUGGGAGGUUCCACACGAUAUGUCUCCUGAUAAGCUUCUUUCUCAUUUCUUGUCCUAUGGGGAGAUCGAGGAAGGCCCGUUGGGGUUCGAUAGAUUUACAGGUAAGUCGAAGGGUUUUGCGCUUUUUGUUUACAAGAAUCCUGAGGGGGCACAGGCUGCGUUGGCUAAUCCUCUCAAGAUUAUUGAUGGGAAGCAAUUGAAUUGCAAACUGGCUAAUGUGGAUGGCAAGAAAGGGAAGCAAGGUGAUGGGGUUCAGGUUCCGGGCCCUAUUGGUGGGGCUGCUGGGAAUGAUGGUAUUGGUGGUAUGGGGAUGGGUUCCAUUCCCGGGUCGCAGUAUCCUGGGCCGGGUGGAAUUGGAUCGUAUGGUGGGUUUCACGGUGGGCCGCCGCAGCCUAUAGGACAUCAUCAUCAUCCAUCCUCCGUGAAUAAUCAGGUGCCUUCGUCUUUGGGUGGCACUGGUGGGUAUGGUGGGCCGUAUAGUGGGUAUGGUGGCAUUGGUGGGACUGGUGCUGGAUUGGGUGGAGCUGGAGUGGGAUUAAGUGGCACCGGAGGCGGCUCUGGUGGCGUUGGUGCUGGUGUUGGUGUUGGUGUUGGUGGGGCUUCUUCUUUGUAUAGAUUGCCGCCUACUUCGGUGGGAAUUCCCUCUGGUGGGUAUCCAGAGAGUGGGCAUUAUAGCUUGUCUUCCUCAUCUGGGUAUCAGAAUCAGCACCACCAGCCAGGGACUGGGACCUCACCAGUACCAAGGGUUCCACCUGGUGCUGGGGUAAUGUACCCCAAUGUCCCACAUUACUUCUGAGGAAAGACAUAUGAGCUGUUUCUUUUAGUGGUGCUCCAAAAAGGUGUAUGACAGCUUAUUGGGCGCUGAUGCUUUAUGUGGUUCUGGUGAUUGCGUGAUUGCAGAGUGUGAUGAAUGUAUUAGCUGUUCCUUUACAGCCCCUUCGUCUGCACCUUUUAUAAUGUUCUGUUUUUCUGAGUGCUUGUAGUCAAAGCAACUGAGUUAGACUAGUUCUGUACUUCUAUCAGGACCCAAUGUGCCAUCUGGGCUAUUUUUAAUAAUAUAGUUUUAGUAAUACAAUUAUUGACAUUAUUUUUUUUGCCCUUCUUUACUAAUGUGUAUGCUUGGUUUUUAUAUUUUUAAGUGCAAACAUUUUCCUUCAUUUUGGUACGGCUUGCCCACCCAUAUUUAGUUAUUUAAUUGGGCUAAAAAAUGUGUAUUAAUACAACUAAUCAAAAAAAAAAAAAAGUAUAAAUACAACUAAAUAUGUGAUGGAUGUAUUAUGUAUGUAUGAUAUUACAGAUUAUCAAUAGAAGGGUCAUUUGCACUUCUCCACCUUUUCUAUUGAGCAAAUUUGGUUUGCCAACCUGUUGGUUAAAAAGUGACUACCCCAUCAAUACUUGUGCAAAUCGCAUAGCCUAAGAAAAAGUGACAUGGUACACACCUGUGAUUAGAGAAGUAACAUUUUAUCCUUGUGUGGCCAAGAAAAAUGGCACUUUUCCUAUCUAUGUUAUUUCGUGGUAUUUGAUGGUUGCACUGUUUUAUGUAGUGGCACAAUUUAACAAAUGCUAAUCUUAGGUUAGUAAAUUGCUGCUUUUGAACUGCAUGCUGGCAAAUUGAAUUAGUACUAUACCAUAGGUGGGAGAAGCUUGCUAUUAACCCUAAAAAAAUGUUAGUAUGUUUGGUUCUGAAGAAGUCUGCUGGUGAAGGUAUCACUACCUGCCUGAUAAAAUAGCAUCUGUUGUAUGGUGCUGAUCAAUUGCCUAGUGGUCGCAAACUGUUUUGACCUUAGUAGUGUGUGCUGUUUUGAAUGUAUAAUUAUUAAGGGGUUGAUGUGUGCUGACUCUUGUGGGAUUUUUUUAUCCAUUCUGUUCGAUUUUUGAAAGUCUUUCUUCUAUAGAUUGCUUUACGUAUUCUGUUCAUCUUAAUGUGUCUAAGUUUAGUAUGUUUGUGCAAUAUGGGUUUGUUUUGGUUGGUGCUUGAAUUGUGAUGGGAUUGUCUUGUGGGAACAGCAGGCUUAUUACCAAUGGCAGUAUUUAAUUCUAGUUUUUGGCCCGUGGUGGUGAUUGUGGAAGUUUAA